AUGGCUUCGAAGGCAACUCGACUCAGAGCCCUCGCGCUUUACAAGGAACUCCACCGACUGGGCAGAGAUUAUGAACCUUCAUAUGACUUCCAUGGGAAGCUUAGACGCAUGUUCGAAAAGAACCGGAACCUCACUGAUGAUGACGAAAUAGAGAAGGCGCUCAGGUUUGGAGAAUAUAUCAAGAACGGCGAAAACCCUUGCCUUGUAUUCGCUUCGCAAAUAUCGACAUCUGAAGCGGAUGUAUCCUUCAAACACUGCGUCCGAUACCUGACAGAUCGUUAUCAUCAUUCUUGGCAUCGGCCGAACUCAACCCUCUCCUUCAUGACAACGGAUGUUGUUGGAAGAGGAGUCCGGAAGAAUAGUGAGGCGCGCGGUUGACUGAACCAUGCAAACUUCACUUAUCCACUGGACUUGUUGAGGGAAGUUUGCAAAUGCCUUUAUGGUGCGCAAUGCGAAUCCCGGCUUGAAAUUGUUCACAUAUUGCCGAAGAAUGUUCAUUGCAUUUGCUCAGAAAUUGCGGAAGAAGAGACCAUUUCAUUUCCAGGAACAGGAGGAACUCUGUAAUCUAAUCAACGUGUAGCCUUAUCACCUCUCGGUAAAGUUCUCCGCAUGUUUGAAACUUCAAUUUGUUUCUCGAGGUGCACCAAAGAGCAG